AGGGACGUCAUGCAGGAGAACUACGAGAUGGUGACCUCACUGGGAUUCCCCAUUCCCAAACCUGACCUGAUCACCCAACUGGAACGAGGGGAAGAGCCGUGGGUCCCGGAUCUCCAGGCCGCAGAGGAAGGGGAGAGCCCGAGAGGCAUCCACACAGAUGAGGAGCUAGGGAAACUGACAGAGAAACCAUCCGCAGGUGAUAGGACAGUGAGUGAGAACAAGGAGGAGAUUCAGCAGCAGAAAGGUCCUGAGCAAGUGAAACUGCAGGAGACGUUUUUGAGAAGAGCUGAAGGGAAUUUUUCCCAAUGCUUGGAACAGGGAAAAGCCUGGGGAAAUCGGUGCAGGUCUGAGAGCCAGCUGAGAAACUACUUCAUUUUUUGGGUGGAUGAAUCCAUUCAAUAUGGGGGAGGAUGCAAAGAUCCCAAGGAAACCACACCCCCACAGACAUAUCACCAGGAAGAGAAACCCUAUAAACGCCUAGAGAGUAGGAAAAGGUUCAGUGUGAGUAGAAACCUUGUUACAUGUUGGAGAAACCACUCAGGCGAGAAACCGUAUAAAUGCUUGGACUGUGGGAAAACCUUCAGUAAGAGCUCAGACCUUAUUAAACACAGCAGGAUGCACACAGGGGAACGACCUUAUAAAUGCCUGGACUGUGGGAAAACCUUCACUCAGAGCUCACACCUUAUUACACACCAGAGGCUGCACACAGGAGAGAGACCUUAUAAAUGCCUCGAGUGCGGGAAAGGAUUCAACGUGAGAUCAAACCUUAUUAAACAUCAGCGAAACCACACGGGAAGGAAACCCCAUGUUUGCUUGGAUUGCGGGAAAUGUUUCAAUCACAGCUCCUACCUUAUUACGCACCAGAGACUGCACACGGGAGAGAGACCCUAUAAAUGUCUUGAGUGUGGGAAAAGUUUCAAUCAGAGCUCUAGUCUUAUCACGCAUCUGAGAACCCACACGGGGGAUAAACCCUAUCAGUGCCUCGACUGUGGGAAAAGCUUCAAUGUGAGAUCACAACUUAUUAUUCAUCAGAGAAUCCACACGGGAGAGAAACCUCAUAAAUGCUUGGACUGUGGCAAAAGCUUCAGUCACAGCUCACACCUUACUAAACAUCGGCGAAUUCACACAGGAGAGAGACCCUAUAAAUGUCUUGAGUGUGGGAAAACUUUCAAUCAGAGCUCGCACCUUAUUAUGCAUCAGAGAACCCACACGGGAGAGAGACAUUAUAAGUGCCUCGAAUGUGGGAAAAGUUUUGUUCGGAGAUCAGCCCUUAUUACGCAUCAGCGAAUCCAUACGGGAGAGAAACCCCAUACAUGUUUGGAUUGUGGGAAAAGUUUUAGUCAGAGAUCAGCCCUUAUUAGACAUCAGAGAAUCCAUACGGGAGAGAAACCUCAUAUAUGCCUCAACUGUGGGAAAAGAUUCAUUCAGAGAUCACACCUUAUCACACAUCAGACAAUCCACAUGGGAGAGAAAACCCAUAAAUGUUUGGACUGCGGGAAAAGCUUCAAUAACAGCUCCUACCUCACCAAACAUCGGAGAAUCCACAAGGGUGAGACACCCUAGAAACACUUCAAUGGUAGAAAAGAUUCAGUGGGAGCUCUCACAUUUUUAUACAUCAGAGAAUUCCCACAAUAAAAGACUUUUAAUAAAAUCGGUACCUAAAAUGCAGUGAAAACAAGAAAAAUAAAUGACAGAUUCGAGCCUGUAGAAGAGUUGAAAGUCACCGAGCAGAGAGUGGAUGCAGUUCCAGGGUUCCUAGCCAAUCGCUCGUUAGGAGCACAAUUAAAAUUGCCCCCCGCUAAGAUUAAAAUCUCGCUUCUCCAACAGUGUGCUAAAAGAGCACCCAAGCUCUGAAAAAUCCCCCACACCUGGUCUUUCCCUACAGUAGCAGCACAGACUGUCCGGGGUCCUGCUGCAGCAGGAAGAAGAACAGGAGAACUUGUGGCACCUUAGAGAUUAACAAAUUUAUUUGAGCA